AUGAAUGCAAAUAAAGUUUUUUCCGGAAAUGAAUUGGUACAAAAUAUAGAACAAAAAGCAAAGUCUUUAAAGGUACUAAUUUCUGAAAUAAAACAGUCUAGUCACAAUGAUGAAUUUGAUCCAUCAAUAUUUAAUGAUAUUAAUGCGUAUAUAGAAAUUGUACAAACAGAUUGUCAGACAAUAAUGAAUGAUAUUAAUAAUAAUUUGUUACAUCAUAUACCCCAAAAUAUUUACAAUGAUAAAAAAAUGCUUCAGUCAAUGCAGAUGAUUAAUAAUGAAGAUUAUUACAAACAAAAAAUGCAGAAAUUUGAGGUUGAAAUCAAUUUUAAAGUUGAUGACGUAACAAAAUCAAUUAGGUCAACUACAGAUAUUUUAAAUGCAUAUCAUAAAGAAAACUUAUUACUUGAUGAACAAACAAAUGAAAUAUAUCAAAAAUUAAAUUUACAAAAAAAUAUAAUAAAUCAAGAAAUUGAUAAGUUCAAUAACACAUAUUUCAUAAUUAAAAAUGCCUUUGGAAAAUGGAAAGAAAGUCUAAUAAAAAAAAAUGAUGAAAAUGUCUUGUUGAUUAAUGAAGCCUGUAAAUUGAUAUCUAAAUAUCAACAAAACAUGUAUGUUCAACAUUUAUUUUGUAGCAUAGUAGAUAUAGUCACUAGGCAUAUGGCAUAUGAACACUAA